AUGAAGUCCAAGGUUCUAGGCCAUUUUAAACGGAAAUCUGUAGAGGCGGCAGAGCAACGCGGUAUUUCAGGCCUCCCAAUCCGCACCAAGGAAUCUCAAGAAACCGAUAGCCUUCCUGAUCCCCAACAUCUUGUCCUAACCGAAUAUCGAAUUGCAAACGAAACUUCUGGCACCAGACUCUUAAGUAUGGACGUUCUUUCCAUUCAUGAGUCCGAUUCAUAUUACGACAUUCUAGCUGCAAUCGGAGGCAAAUCAAAUGAUCGGGAGACUGUCCCAUUAAUCUGCAGAAAGAAAAGUGUUGCGGUUAGAUGGAAGAUUGGUCAAGCUGCUAACGAUGAUUCGUAUGACACUCUCUGUGGCCCUGAUGUUGCCAUGAAAAGACUCAUACUCAUGAUGCGUGAGAGGCACUGGAAGGAUCGACUGGUAGUCGUGUACUAUGCAGAGGAGAAUGAUAGUAGUGAUCGUAGUAAGAGCAGUGAGAGCAGUAAGAGUAGCAUUAGUAAUUGGACAAAGGUGGGAAGCCAGGGGUCCAUGAAGUUUCUCCAGAAUCGUGAUUAA